CUCUGCUUUUUAUCUUGCUUCUUCUUCUUCCUCCUCUCUUCAUUCGAAGUCUCUGUUUUCCUCUGUUUCUCUCUGUUUUUCUUCAACUUCACCUCCAUGGCUUCUUCUUUGGACUGCAUCCUUUUCGACAUGGAUGAUACUCUGUACCCGUUCAACACUGGAAUUGCUGAUGCUGUCAAUAAAAACAUCGAAGUUUUUCUCAUCCAGAAAUGUGGAAUUCCAGAAACUAAAGCUUCCAUUCUUCGGAAAGAGCUUUUCGAGACAUAUGGUGGCAACCUGGCUGGUUUGCGAGCAUUGGGCUAUGACAUCCAUCCAGAUGAUUACCAUGGUUUUGUGCAUGGGAGGUUGCCGUACAAGUGGAUCAAACAAGACCUUAAGCUUCGACGUCUCUUACUCACCAUUCCUCUUAGAAAAAUCAUAUUCACAAAUUCUGAUAUAAACCAUGCAACCAAAGUACUUGCCCAACUCGGCCUAGAGGGUUGCUUUGAGAAGAUUGUAUGUUUCGAGACAAUGAAUCCGAAUCUUUUCAAGAUGACUCGGCCGAACAAGUUUCCAGUCAUUCUAAAGCCAUCGAUGGACGCUAUAAGAAUCGCUCUUGAUGUCGCUAAUGCUGACCCCCGUCGAACGUUGUUUCUCGACGAUAACGUGCGCAACAUCGCUGCUGGAAAAGCCCUCGGUCUUCGUACUGUUUUGGUGGGGAAGAUAAGGAAAAGCAAGGAGGCGGAUUACGUGGUGGAGACCGUACAUAAUCUGGUACAAGCAGUUCCAGAAAUAUGGGUGAACGUAGAAUCAGAUCGUGAUGAUGAAAAGUUGAAUGAGAGUUGAAGCAAAGUUGAUUUUAUUCUUGAAGCGAUACUUAUAAGUGCUUAAAUUAUAUAGACGAUAUUACCCUAAAAAAAAAUAAAUGCAUCUCUCCUACAAUCUAUACCACCAGCAGCGUGUUGGUAAAAUUCCUUUAGCCUCGUAAUGGUGGCAUAAAUAAAUAAAUAUAUGGCAAUCUAUUUUCAAUUUUUAAUCAAUAUAAU